AUGAACACAAUCGUCCUCGGUACCCCUCGCGGAAACGUUACUAAACGCUUCAGGCACGUACACCCCUUUUGCCCGCCUCUUAGAGCCCCUACUGACGCCCCCAGGCCACCCCUCGGCGAAUCCGCUACUGCUGGCAAUCGAGGCCGCAAGCGAGCCCAACAGCUACCUACUACUGCUCAUAGACGCGUUAGAAAGCCCUCAAAAAGAGCCCGAACGGAUUCACAGCCAUCGUCCUCCCCUACAUACUACUCGACCAGCCGCUCAGUCAACACUACCUACCCUAUCAGCUCAGUAAUCCACUCAAUUAGAUCGUCAGCCAAGGAGGAGCAAGAGGAGGAAAUACAACAGGCAAAUGCGGAGAACACUGCGGAGAAACCAAGCGGCAAUAAGGCCCCCAGCACCAAGAACACGGCUCAGCUCUCCAAGAUCCCACGUUAUAUGCUCUCCACGGUUCCACAUCAAAUCAUCACUCAGCAAGCGGAGAACACCACUGCAACUUGGCCUGUCAUCCCCACUGCAUUGAUAUGGUAUAUCAAUGCAAUCACGUCACAAGAGGAGGAUCUACUGCGACGAUCACAGUCAAUUAAGCCUCUGCAGGAGGAACAUCGCAAGAGGAGGAACUACAACAGGCAAAUGCGGAAAGGAGAACACUGCGGAGAAACCAAGCGGCAAUAA